AUGGCCCGCCCAUUGAGCAGAACGUGCCUCGAUCUCAAUCCCCUCCUCCAUCCUACGCGCUCCUCGCCCUCCUUCCUCUCCCGCAGCUCACCCGCAUGGAAAGGAAGAAGACCAGCGCAAUUAUGUCUGGCACAACAACGAAGAGGAUUACUGGGACAAGCACAGCGGAGAAGAGCAACCACCUCGUCAAUAGCAGCCAGCUUCCCACAUUCCGUGAUUGACCAUCAUUACGAUGCCAUUGUCGUUGGAGCAGGAGGAGCAGGUCUUCGAGCCGCGGUCGGUCUUGCUGAGUCCGGCCUUGAAACAGCAUGUAUAACCAAACUCUUCCCCACCCGCUCCCACACCGUCGCAGCGCAAGGCGGCAUCAAUGCUGCUCUCGGCAAUAUGACGAAGGACGACUGGCGCUGGCACAUGUACGACACUGUGAAAGGGUCGGACUGGCUAGGCGACCAAGACGCGAUCCAUUACAUGACGCGGGAAGCGCCCAAGAGUAUCUAUGAGCUGGAGAACUACGGGAUGCCGUUCAGUCGCACGGAUGACGGGAAGAUUUACCAGCGCGCACUCGGAGGCCAGAGUCUGGAGUUUGGGCAAGGUGGACAGGCGUAUCGUGCUUGUGCGGCGGCGGAUCGCACGGGGCAUGCGUUACUGCAUACGCUUUAUGGACAGAGUGUGAAGCACAACUGUAACUUCUUCAUCGAGUACUUUUGUACCGAUUUGAUGAUGGUCGAUGGAGUUUGCGUGGGCGUCACCUGCAUUUCGAUGGAAGACGGCACAUUACAUCGAGUCUUCGCGAGGAAUACGAUUUUGGCGACUGGUGGAUACGGCAGAGCGUACUUCUCCUGCACGUCCGCGCAUACGUCGACCGGAGACGGGAACGCCAUGAUUGCGCGCGCAGGCCUACCCAACCAAGACUUCGAAUUCGUCCAAUUCCACCCCUCCGGAAUCUACGGCGCCGGCGUGCUCAUCACCGAAGGCGCCCGAGGUGAAGGCGGCUACCUGCUCAACGGCGAAGGCGAGCGCUUCAUGGAACGCUACGCCCCUACAGCUAAAGACCUCGCCUCGCGCGACGUCGUGUCGCGAAGCAUGAACAUCGAAAUCCGCGAGGGGCGAGGCUGCGGAGAAGGAAAGGACCACAUCUUCCUGCAACUCAGCCAUCUGCCGCCGGAGACGAUCCACGAGCGCCUGCCGGGGAUAGCGGAGACGGCGAGCGUCUUCGCGGGCAUCGACAUCACCAAGCAGCCUAUCCCUGUACUGCCAACGGUGCAUUACUGCAUGGGCGGCGUGCCGACGAACUACAAAGGCCAGGUCAUAACCAUCGACCCAUCAACAAUGGAAGAAAAGACCGUCGAUGGCCUCUACGCCGCCGGCGAAGUAGCCUCCGUAAGCGUGCACGGCUCUAACCGCCUAGGCGCCAACAGCCUGCUCGACAUCGUCGUCUUCGGCCGCGCCUGCGCACUGGACAUCGCAGAGAAGAACGAGCGCGGAAUGGCGCACACGCGGGGGCCAGAGAACAUCGGCAUGGACCACUUCGAAGAAAUGGAGCGCAUCCGGCAAUCCGACGGGGAGAUGCUGGGCGCGCAGAUCCGCGCCGACAUGCAGCGCACAAUGCAGAACGACAUUGCCGUUUUCCGCACCAAGGACGCGCUCGAGGCGGGCAACAAGCGCAUGGCGGAGAUUCAGCAGGACUUCAAGACGCGGCUGGCGGUGAAGGAUAAGAGCAUGAUUUGGAACUCGGAUCUCAUUGAGACGCUCGAGGUGCGCAAUUUGCUGACGUGCGCGGCGCAGACGGCUAAGAGUGCGGUGGCGAGGGAGGAGAGUAGGGGGAGUCAUGCGCGCGAGGACUUCCCGGAGCGCGAUGAUGAGAAGUGGAGGUUGCAUACGCUUAGUUGGCAGGGGAGGGAGGGGGAUGAGGUCAAGUUGGCGUAUCGGCGGGUGAUUGAUUCGACGUUGGACGAGGCGGAAUGUAAGAGUGUGCCCCCUGUGAAGAGAACUUACUAG